AAAAAAAUUGACAUAUAAUAAAUAAUACUAAAGUUAGCCUACAUUUUUUAACAAUAAAGUUAUGUCUGAAAUCCAUGAAGAUUUAUCAUGUUCCGAGCAUGAGGAAGCCGAUACAAAGAUCGUAUACCAUGUUUGCAACAUCGAUGCUCAGGCUAAUUUUGUGAUACGAUGUUCAGAUACUGAUAUAGCAGUGAUAAUGCUGGGAAAUAUGCAUCAUUUGAAAAAUAAUGAUUCUCGAGUUUGGAUUUUGACCGGCACUGGUAACAAGCAGAGAUAUGUUGACUUGAAUGCUAUCUACGAACAAUUAGGACCGUCGCUGUGUCGAAGUUUACCCGCAUUCCAUGCUAUCACAGGAUGUGAUUUUAAUCCAGCAUUAUUCAAAAAGGGCAAGCAAAAGCCGUUUAAUAUUUUGAAGAAAAAUGAAGAGUACCAACAAGCAUUUCACCGUUUUGGUACGUUGGAUUUUGUUGGUGAUGUAGAUGAAGAAGAACGUGUAUUCAACAUAAUACAAAAAUUUAUCUGUGAUGUUUACAACGUUCCUGGAAUAAUUGAUGUAGAUGCUGCCAGACUACAGUUGUUUAUUAAUACAUACAUGGUAUCUGAUAUAAAUGAAGAAUUCAAUCGAAAGAAUUUAAGAAACUUCGAUGCCAGUAACUUACCACCUUGUAAAAGUGAGCUUUGGCAACAGUUUCGACGGGCUAGCUAUAUAGCUAGUUUUUGGAACAAUGCAAGUAUGAAGAUGAUAAAUAUUUUCAACCCCGAAAACAAUGGCUGGACACUACAAGAUGGUAAAUAUAAUUUUCAUUGGUUCGAUGGAGAUCAAUUACCGGGUUUUGUCAGUGAGUCGGUGGAAGAACAAUCAGAGGAAGAAAAUAAGGAUAAUGCUGAUGAUGACGAUCACGAUUUAGAUAUUCAAUUUCAAGAUUGGCUGGAUGAUGAAUUAUCUAAUUUCAACGAUGAUGAUAAUGAAGAUUAAAAGCCACUGUUAAGAAAUAUUGAAGAAUUAAUAUUUAUCCACUUUGUUUCCAAAUUUCCAAUAAAUAAUUAAUUUAAAAAAU